AUGGGGAAUUACAUUUCCUGCACCUUGGCCACCCCUUUAAUCAAGAGCGCAAGAGCGGCGAGAGUAGUCCUUCCCCGCGGUGAAAUCCGGCAAUUUCGCGGCUCUGUCAAGGCCGCCGAGCUCAUGUUGGAGUGUCCCAACUAUUUCCUCACCAAUUCACAGUCUCUCCACAUAGGUAAACGAUUUUCAGCCCUAAGUGCCGAUGAAGAACUAGAGCUCGGCAACGUUUUCAUCAUGUUCCCCAUGAAGAGACUGAACUCCGUCGUGACGGCGGCCGAUGUGGCUCUAUUCUUCGUGGCGGCGAAAUCUUCGGGCAAGAUAAUAUCGAGCGGAAACAUUAACGACGAAGAAAGUUCGACCGAAGGAUCGAAAUUGAGGUUGGAAGGGGUUGAGGAAUUUAAGUACAGGUUAUCUGUUUGUAGGUCAAGAAAGCCUUCGUUGGAAACAAUCAAAGAAGAGCCAGUUUGCUCAAGAGGUAAAAGAUCUGCCGUCUACGGAUCACAUCUGCAGGCAUCUAUAGUAGAAGAGGUAGACCAAAAGGCUGCUGCAAGAAUAAGACUUAUUAUUUUUUAA